AUGGGGGAGAAGGACAAGCCUCCGAAUAUUUUGCAGGUUGAUGGUACUUUGUCGGAAAAGAAUGUGGGUCCUGGAAACCCGGUUGGGGGGUCUAGGCCACGUGAAGUUGUAUUGGAGAAUGGAAAAGAAAUUAGAAGGUGGUCAACUCUCUUUGGAACUAGACCAUCUGGGAAAUCUUCCCUGCCUCCUGUUCAAAACAUAUUGGACCCGACUGGUGGUAAGUUUUCCAUCUCUAUUCCUGACUUGGUUUUGGAUCAUAACAUAAGUAGUAUGUCAAACUCUCUAGUGGGUAAAUUCAUGGGACCAUGCCCAAACAUUGAGGUUGUUAGGGCUUAUGUUAAACGGAAAUGGGCUUUGAAAGGCAAUGUUGAAAUUUCAGCUCUGCCCAAAGGCCUUCUCUCCUUUGCCUUUUCUUGCGAAGAAGACAAAAUAAGGAUUCUUUGUGGUAACCCUUGGUUGGCCAGAAAGAUAGCUCUGGUCCUCCAGAAAUGGCACCCAAAUCUAAAUAUGAGUGAAUAUCUUCUGGUGCAAGUCCCAGUCUGGGUUAAGCUCCCAGGUCUGCCUCUUGAAUUCUGGGCAGAAAGUAUUUUCUUGGGUAUUGCAAGCUCUUUUGGUGAGAUCCUCUCAAUAGAUCCAAUCAUAGCUUCAAGAAGAAGGCUCACUCAUGCCAGAUUUUGUAUAGGGGUUACCCACGAUGUAGAUAUGCUUGAGCAAAUAGAUAUUGUGUCUAAGUUGGGUACUUGGAAACAACAAAUCGAAUAUGAAUCCAUCCCCUUUUCUUGUUUCCACUGCAAAAAAGAAGGUCACUGGGCUAAACAUUACCCUCUAAAACCCAUAGGGGAUAACAAGAAAGCCAAAAAUCCAGUUGAGAGUAGAAAGGCUCUGGAGAAAAUGACCUGGCAAGUAAAAAAUACAGAAAACAAGAAAGCUGGCCCAACUGAGAUCAACUAUUUUGGACCCUUGGGGGAGAACAAGGAUGUGGUCUCCUCAACCUCUGUUUCUAAACAUCAUUCCCCCCAAGAAAAUUUGAGGAAGGAAUGUAUGGGAGCAAAUAAUAUCAUGGGAGGGCAGAUCCCAAGAGAGGAAAUAAAAGAACAAAAUGAAUCUUCUAAAGAAACUACCCAGAUGGUGAUUACUGACACCUUGACUAGUAAGGAAGCUUUAAACGAAGAGAAUCAGAAGGAUAAGAAUAUUAAGGAAGUGGAUAAAUCUAAGGAAGGGGAGAUCACUGGAUCACAUGAAGAGAAGGCUGACUCUUCCCCUCUCACAAAUAGUUCUGAUUUUCAAGAGGCCCAGAACUGUGUUAUCUUGGGACAGAAUCUUUCUAAUUCAGACCAUGCCUCUAAAACAAUUAUUAGCUCUUCACAUGACUCCAGAUAA